CUAUAUUAGUUGAACCAGAACUCAAACCAACCAGGGAAGAAGCUCCCUAUCCCAUCUGAAUUUCCAAAUUCUCUCAUCUUCCCCCAUUUCCUUCUCUCUCUCUUGAGUCCCAAUGGAGACCCAGAGUCAGAAGCAGCAAGAUUUCAUUUUCCGAUCAAAACUUCCCGAUAUUUACAUCCCCAACCACCUGCCAUUGCACAGCUACUGCUUCGAGAACCUGUCCCAGUUCAGCUCCCGUCCCUGCGUCAUCAACGGCACCACCGGCGACAUCUACAGCUACGCCGACGUCGAGCUCACGUCCCGGAAAGUGGCCGCUGGGCUCAGCAAGCUCGGCGUCGGGCAGGGCGAGGUCAUCAUGCUCCUACUCCAGAACUGCCCCGAGUUCGUGUUCGCCUUCCUCGGCGCCUCGUUCCGCGGCGCGCUCAGCACCACCGCCAACCCUUUCUACACGCCGGCGGAGAUCGAGAAGCAGGCGAAGGCUUCCAAGGCGAAGCUCAUCAUCACGCAAGCUUGUUACGCCGAGAAAGUGAUGGACUUCGCCAGAGAAAAUGGCGUCAAAGUCAUGUGCACCGACAACCCAACAGACGGCUGCCUGCAUUUCUCCGAAUUGACUCAGGCGAACGAAGAAGAGGCGCCGGCGGUGAAGAUAAGUCCGGACGACGUGGUGGCGCUGCCGUACUCCUCCGGCACGACGGGGCUGCCGAAAGGCGUGAUGCUGACCCACAAAGGGCUGGUGACCAGCGUGGCGCAGCAGGUCGACGGCGAGAACCCCAACCUGUAUUUCCACAGCGAAGACGUCAUCAUGUGCGUGCUGCCAUUGUUCCACAUCUACUCGCUAAACUCGGUGCUGCUCUGCGCGCUGCGAGUCGGCGCAGCGAUCCUGUUGAUGCAGAAGUUCGAGAUCAGGGCGCUGAUGGAGCUGGUGCAGAGGUACAGGGUCACGAUCGCGCCGUUCGUGCCUCCGAUCGUGCUGGCGAUCGCCAAGAGCCCGACGGUGGACGACUACGAUCUGUCAUCUAUUCGGACGGUGAUGUCGGGCGCGGCGCCGAUGGGGAAGGAGCUUGAGGAUGCAGUGAGAGCCAAGCUUCCAAAUGCCAAACUUGGCCAGGGUUAUGGGAUGACGGAGGCCGGACCAGUGCUUUCAAUGUGCUUAGCCUUUGCGAAAGAGCCAUUCGAGAUAAAGUCAGGGUCAUGUGGCACUGUGGUUAGAAAUGCUGAGAUGAAGAUCGUUGACCCCGACACUAGUGCCUCCCUUCCCCGAAACCAAGCUGGGGAAAUUUGUAUCCGAGGUCACCAGAUCAUGAAAGGUUACCUGAAUGAUCCGGAGGCCACCGAGAGAACAAUUGACAAGGACGGAUGGUUACACACCGGCGAUAUUGGCUGCAUCGACGACGACGACGAGCUCUUCAUCGUCGACCGCUUGAAAGAGCUCAUCAAGUACAAAGGCUUCCAAGUCGCCCCCGCCGAGCUCGAAGCCAUGUUGAUCGCUCAUCCCAACAUCUCCGACGGCGCUGUCGUCCCGAUGAAAGACGAGGCUGCCGGAGAAGUUCCCGUCGCAUUUGUGGUGAGAUCCAACGGCUCCAAGAUCACAGAAGACGAGAUCAAGCAGUACAUUUCGAAACAGGUCGUGUUUUACAAGAGAAUCAAUAGGGUUUUCUUCACGGACGCAAUCCCCAAAGCUCCGUCCGGGAAAAUCCUCAGAAAAGAUUUGAGAGCGAAGCUCGCAGCUGGUUUAAUUCCCAAUUAGCCCUCACGUUACAUGCCUAAAUUACGCUUCAUAAAUUGGUUGACUGAGGGCAUAAUGGACAGAUCGUUUCCCCUAGAAUUACCCUUCACGAAGUGGAUCCCAAUUGAUGGUUCUUUGGGACAAAGGAAGUGGUCCUUAAUUGUGAGGAACACAAAGUUCUUAGUUAAUAAUUAGCUUCUGAAAUAUUGCCAAUGUAUAUGAACUGUGCACAAUUCAGUGUUAAUUCUAAGACUUAAAUUUACUUGGGCUGGGGAAAUUGAGCCCAAGUGAUAAAACUUGUACUUCUUAUAUUUUUUUUUCUCAAAAUAAAUUUUUUGGAUUAUUUAGAAA